AUGGGGGUUGACUCGUCAUAUCGCAUCAGCGGCGCAGCAUCCGCCGCUGUCGCCGCCGUGAACAUGGGAGUGAGCGACGAGCGUCUGGUCGAGCCUUCGCUGUUUAAGACGCUUUCGCAAGGCGCGUUCAACACGGGUCCGCCGAGUCACGCGACGAUGGAGGCGGUGCUGCGGGAGCGAUGCCUCGGCGCGCGCGGUCGCAGCGUUAGCGCCAAGGACGACGUCAUCUACUCGCGCUCCGUCGGUCCGUCACCCUCCCCGUCCUCCUCCGCGUUUCCCGCUCAGUCCAGUGCGCCCGACGACCCGCCAUUCGCCACCGCUCCUACGACCAUCGUCGGUUUCUCUGCUCCUACCAGCACCGCCGCUCACCCUGCCGCGGCGCUUCUGCCGUCCCUCAUCGCCCCCGCGUCACCCGCUCAUUCGACCGCGUCGUCCUCCACCCCCUCCACCCCCACGCUUACCCCGCGCUCGCCCUACUUCUCCAUCUCGUCCGCCCAUCGCCGCUCCCAGAACUGCCCCUCCCCGCAGUCCGGCUCCCCUGUCCCUCCGCCUUCCCCGCUGCUGCUCGGGCGGUUCAACCUCAGGUCGCCGCUUAAGGCGCCGUUGACGGCGCCACUGCGGGCGAUCAGUCGCAUGGCGGCGCGGCGGUGCCGGUGCUUCUUCACGCUCCACGUGCACGGCAUCCUCGGCCUCCCCGCGCCCUUCGACGCUUCUGCGGAUUCUGCUGCCUCCAGCACCACCACAAGCAGCGGCAGCAGCAGCAGCAGCAGCAGCAGCAGCAGCAGCAGCAGCAGCAGCACCGGCAGCGUCGUCAGCAGCGGUAGCAGCAACUCGAGCAGCAGCAGUAGUAGUAGCAGCAGCAGCAGCGGCGGCGGCGGAGAGUGGGAGGCGAUGGUGUUGUGGCACAGGCGCGGCAUGGCGGUGAGCACAAGCGUGGCGCCCGUGAGAGACGGCGUGGUGCAGUUCGAACAAACGCUCGAGCUCUCCUGCACUCUCUACUGCACCCCCGGCCCGCACCACUCGCUGCGCUUCCAGGAAAAGCCCUCCACGCUCGUCGUGCGCCUCAUGAACCGCUCCGGAGGCUCUCGCGCCAGAGGCGCGCAGGGCGCAGGCGCAGGCGGAGUGGGGGCGGGGAGCGGGGAAGGGGAGGAUGCAAGAGUAAGGGCAUGCGCAGCAGCGGCGGAAGGUGCGGGGGUGAGUGCGGGAGGGGGGAGGGGGGGGAGCGGGUGCAGCGAGGUGGAGGUGGGGCGGCACGCGGUAGACCUGGCACGCCUGGUGCCGUGGUCGCUCCAAGACACGGACCUUCGCCCGCACACGCUCGCCUUCCCCCUCUCCGCCGCCGCCUCCGGCGCCACGCUGCUCGCCACCUUCGGGUACGAGCUGCAGAUCAGCCGGAGAACGAGCGGCAUAGGCGCAGCUGGGGGCGCGUGGGGGGCGGGGGGCGGGGGAGGAGCGGAAUCGAGAGUUGCGCGCGCGGAUUCGAGGGCGUUCAGUGCGGCGGCGGCAGAGGCGGAGCUGGAAGCGGUGGCGCUGCCGUGCAGCAGCGCGCACAACAGCCCCGCGUCAAGCCCGCCCCGAGGGGCUCCGCUCGCGCACUGGGCUGCUGCCCCGCUCCCCGCUGCCGUUGGCGCUGUGGAGGGGGAAGGGGGGAAGGAGUUUGGGGCGUGGGGCGAGGGCGAGGGGGAAAGGAGGCCUGGAGACGAGUGGUCGGGGCAGGUGAGUAGCAACAAGUUGCAGGACGGUGCUCGGGAGGACGGGGAGAAGGAAACGAGGGGAGUAGGCGAGGGCAAGGAGGGAGAGGAGGGGAGAAUGAGACCGGAGGUAGUGACAGAGGGUGAGCAGGGGGAGGGGGGCAGUGGGGCUAUGGGUAGUGAGGAGGAGCUGUUGCAUGGCGAGAGUCCUUGUGAAGGCAGGGCACAUGGGCGAGCUGUGGUAGAUGUGGGAUGUGCAGUGCAGGAAGAGAGGGUGUGUGUGGGAGAGGGGGGCGACGCAAGUGUUGAAGAAGCUCCUGUUUCUGGAGAAGGGGAAAGCGAGGGUUGUGGUGUGGUGGUGAAUGCAGCGACUGUGAAUGCGGCAACAGCAGAUGCAGCGUUGGACAAGCACAAGCUUGCCCCUGCCUUUGUGCCAGAAGCAGUGGCGAGCGAGGUGUGGGGAGGUGUGGAGGAGGUGUGUGGAGGUGCGGGCACGGAGGAUUUAGAGGGCGUGGAGGAUGCGUUUAUUGCGAUGCUGGAGGAGCAGAGCAAGGAGACCCGGCGAGGGAGAGGAGGCAGCAGGGACCGCAGGAAGGGAGGGAGGGGUGCGCGUGGUGGCAGAGGGAGGGGGCGAGGGAGUGGCGGUGGUGAGGGUGGUGAGGAGGGGGUGGGGGCAUGGCUGGAUGGCAUCCCAGAGGUGGAUGGGGAGGGGGAGGAGAGGGAGGAGCGGGAAGAUAAGGAGGAUCGGACAUGCGGAAGAGAAAGCGUGGGAUUGAAGUGA